AUGGAGACCAUUAACAAAUUGGAACCAUUGCGAUUAAAGGGGCUACUUGUUAGCAAGGUGGUGAGAAGAAUUUUUGCAAACUGUUUCAUCAAGAAAGAUAGAGCACUAGAGAGGGAGAGGAAGAGAGAAAGCAGAAAGAGGAAACUACAAGUGGACUUGGAUGCAUCUGCAAUGUCACUUAUGAGUCGAGUUGCAGCUAUUCCAUGCGAGAAACCAGGUCCACGAGUAUUUAAGGGCUUCACUGUAGGUUUCCAUCCAUGGUCAUGGGAACUUGUUUAUGAUGGCAUGACUCAAUUGGGCUAUGAAAAGUCUCACCAUGAGUUUAGCUUUGGGACUGAGCAGACACAUGUAACGCUUUAUAUGACUGCAAUUGCUUCCCUUUCCACUUUGAUCUUACCAGAAAAUGGUCUGGAGGUUAAGGUAUCAGGAUCGGGAGCAACUGGGAGCCCACCUACAACUUUGUCACCCACAAUGUUAAAUGUUGAUUGGAGAUGUGAAAUGGCUCGUGAUACUCCAUAUGAAGUUAAUAUCACUAUCCCAGUAGAGGGUUACGAGCCCAUCCAAUUUUUUCUUGCCAAACUGUGGAAUGAGUCCCUCAAUAAUGUCGUCACUCUCAGAAAUUAUUACAUUCAAGUUAAAUGGCCAAUAAGGGAAAGUGGAGACAAGGGUUUUUCAGAAAACAGGCAGAACCAAAAUGGAGACAGUGCACGAGGAUGGGCUAUAUUUGGGGUGUUAUCCUGCAUAUUCACUGUCUCAUCGACCCUGUUUUGCUGUGGAGGAUUUAUUUACAAGACUCAAGUUGAAAGGAAGCGUGGGAUUGAUGCAUUGCCGGGAAUGACAAUUCUAUCCGCUUGUUUAGAAACUGUGAGUGACGGAGGGCACAGCUACACCCGACAAGAAGACCUUAAUACUACUUUUGCCAGUGAAGCCUCUUGGGAACGCUCUUCUGCUUCUAAUCAAGGAACAUCAAGGCCGAACGAAAGAAAAUACGGUGCAAUUUGA